AUGGGGUCGUCCGCAUCCAAGGCUGCCCUCAGAGCGACCACCGACGAGCCCUCCGAGCCCGGGCCGAAACACCUGUCAGCUCUAAUCCAGUACAUAAAUGGAACAAAUAGGAGUGUGGAACAUCUGGCUGAUAUUCUUUAUGAGAAAACUGGGAGCAGCAGCUGGGUGGUGGUGUUCAAAGCCCUGAUUACUGUGCAUCACCUUAUGGUGCAUGGAAAUGAGCGAUUUAUCCAACAUCUUGCAUCUAGAAACUCUUUGUUCAUUUUAUACAACUUCCUGGAUAAAAGUGUCACAGAAGGCUAUACUAUGUCAUCCUUCAUCAGACGAUAUAGCAGGUACUUGAAUGAAAAGUCACUCGCAUACAGACUGAUUGCAUGUGACAUCAGCAAAGCCAAGAGAGGGACGAACGGUGUGAUGAGAACUAUGAACAGUAGAGAGCUGCUGAACACUCUUCCAGUUAUUCAGACUCAGUUCACUGCUCUGCUUAAUGUUAAUGCAAAUCCUGACGAAAUAACUAAUGGUAUAAUAUAUGCUGCUUUCAUGCUCCUCUUUAAGGAUGCUCUUCGCCUCUUUGCAGCCUAUAAUGAGGGGAUCCUUAAUCUGCUAGGCAAGUAUUUUUACAUGAGGAAGAACCAAUGCAAGGAAAGUUUGGAUAUUUACAUCAACUUCCUUGGAAGAAUGACCAAAUUUGUACAGUUCCUGAAAGUUGCAGAGCAAGUUGGAAUUGACCAGAAUGACAUUCCAUAUAUUAAUCAGGUACCCUGCAGUUUACUUGAAGCACUAAAACAGCAUUUAGCUUCUUUGGAAGAGAAAAUUGACGUUUUACCCGCUUAUAGAUUGUUUCCUCUAUGUGAUAUGUUACAACUGGCAUUGCCUUCACAAGUCCCCAAGUGUAUUGCAGCCAGACAGCAAAGUGGAAGAAGUGUUAUAGCAAACAACCUGGAUGGCUCACUGGUUAGCCCUGUAAGAAAUCUUGACUUUGGAGAAAGCCCAGUCAACAGAUCGGACGUGAAGGGGUGUCAGUCCUCAGAGAUGGAAAUGACUGGUGGAAUGAACUGGCAGUUGAACAGCUGCACCUGCGCACCAACCAUCUGGAGCCCAAUUUCGAUUCCUCCAGUUUCCCACAUGAUCCCGGAUUUGCUUGAAUCCGAGAAGGGAUCGGGUCGCUUCGAAGCCUAUUCUGGAGAGUGCUGCGUGUUCUGGGGUGGUAGUGGGGUCCGUUCCGGCUUGGUCCCCGAUUGUCAGGGUCCUCCAGCCAGCCCACCCACAAAACCCCCGGAAUCCCUUUUCCCAGGACUAGGUAUUGGUCCUCCCUGCAGGGCCAGCUUCGCCUCGGCAGUCCUUCCACGCUUAUCACUCACCUGCGCGCAACCAAUUAGAACCCACAGGUUGGGCGACUCGUCCGACGGGUAA